ACAAUGGGUUACUGUAUGUAAUCAUGUUUUAUAGAUUGUAAAGUGUUCUAAAAAUUUAAGGUGGCAUUAUUGUAUCUGCUGGCACUACAAUAAACAAUUGCUUUCACUAAUGAUUUCCAUGGUAUAAAAGGAAUGAAGAAUCUAAAUGAGGAGCGUUGCUCCGUUCUGUGUUGAUUAUAUGCCAGGUUAUGUCAGCCUAGGGAUGAGUUGAAGCAGAGAGGCUGCUACAAUUUGGCUUUUUGAUUUCCCUUAUGGUUUCUCUCUCUCAAUCUAUGCACUGAGCAAGCAGCUCUCUCAAGAACCCUUGAAUACAAAUUGAUAUAUAUUCAGAAGAGAUAGGUUUUGAGUUAUUUGAACUCCAGUUAUUUUUGGACAAAAUUCAUUUGAAAAGAGAAAAUAAUAACAAAUGAUUAUACAAGUAAGAGGACUAAACAUUCAUUUAUGAGAAAUAAAGUGGAAUGCAGUAAUUGUGUUUCCACUAAAUAGUUGCUUUUGUAAUAUUUAGAGGGUGAUGUGCAACAUGCUGCUGGCCUGCUUUAAAGAAUGCAUGUGAAAUACAAGCUAUAAUGCAAGAAACAGAUGCUAUGGAUAAUGAGGAUGUGAGCUAUUUUUCAUUAAAGGCAGAGAGUUACAGUUAUGUCUGCGUGUGUGUCCUUGUGUGUGUGUGUGUGUGUGCUUGUGCGUGUGUUUCUCUCCCUCUGUGUGUGUGCUGGCUGAUUUGGAGAUGAAGACAGAGGCAAGGAUCCUUUCUUUCUACUCUAGGAAAGGUUUAUGCUCCUUGAAAGAGAUACUGUUUAUUUUCUUGCUAUACCUUUUGUGAAGUAUUGAGACUCUUGGACUGUGCCCUGUCACUCAGUAGGCUGAAGUACAAAUGCUAAUUUAUUGCCAGACUGCAGCAUUGUGAUUUGCAUUCCAAAUCAGCUUGCAGAUUCCCAUUAUAAAUUGCUAUCCUCUUGUUUCUUAUCUAAAAUUUGUUCCUCCCUUACAUCACUCUUCUCAUUCCCUGACACUGACCUUUAAAGAAAUUCCCUUUCAAGAGAUUCUCAUUGGAAAUCAGCAGCUUUCGUGGGCUAAAAUCGUAACAAUAAAUAACAAAGACAUCAAUAGGGUUUUUCCUUCCAGUGGUUUUCUCCCUUUUACUUAAGAGUCAUAUGGCAUUAAGUAAAAUAAUUACUUAAAACAUGUAUCUCUCAGGCUUAGAGCUUUAUACUCACUCCUUUGACAGCCACGCUUCUAUUUCUUUUUAAAUCUCAAAGGUGUGGGAUUACAAGUCCUGUCUUAGUAAUAAACUUUUGCAGAUAAACCCUGAGAUGGUAUAACUGCAUCCUUUCUUGGCACCUUAAAUCAAAUUAACUAAAUACUUAGUGAGGAGAGAAAAGAAAAACACAGUUUUUUGCAACGUAUCUGACUGGGUGAGAAGCCACUGCUGCAGCAUAAAGAACCGACGGGAAUCUGGGCUUUCCCACUCUGGAAGCGAAGGGGGGAAUUAUGGGUUGGUGGUCGGCUUCAUGUUAGGAGGACACCCCUCCAUCUGUUCACAGCUCAGCCUGUUUCCAAUUUAAAGCCCAGAUUUCAAAUACAAACCUCAAUUUCUUUUCCCCAUUUUAAAUGCAAAGCAAGACUUGUGAAUCAUAGUGUCUCUGCUCCUGGGAUUCAGACCAAAUUUCCCCUCAAAAUUCUCGGGCUAUUUGUUUGAAUACCUGCUUACAGUGGUACACAAUGGGCAGCUUUGAGAAGAAAAAUUGAUAAUCUUCACGGAAGAGUAAUUUGAAUGAAAUUACACUUGACAGCCCGUCUCCAAGCAAACAAGAGGAACGAGGGAGCCUGAGCUAAGCUCUGAGGACUUGCCCAAGCCACUGCUGUUGGAGCUUCCCAGGAAAAAAAAAAAAAAAAAAAACCACCAGUUUUUCCAACAUCUAAUUGAGCUUUUGAUUAAUUCCGUGUACCAGAUUCUACUGAAGAAAGGUAGCCAUGGAAGAGAAUAUGGAAGAGGGACAGACACAAAAAGGGUGUUUUGAAUGCUGUAUCAAAUGCCUGGGGGGCAUUCCCUAUGCUUCUCUGAUUGCCACCAUCCUGCUCUAUGCGGGUGUUGCCCUGUUCUGUGGCUGCGGUCAUGAAGCGCUUUCUGGAACUGUCAACAUUCUGCAAACCUACUUUGAGAUGGCAAGAACUGCUGGAGACACACUGGAUGUUUUUACCAUGAUUGACAUCUUUAAGUAUGUGAUCUACGGCAUCGCAGCUGCGUUCUUUGUGUAUGGCAUUUUGCUGAUGGUGGAAGGUUUCUUCACAACUGGGGCCAUCAAAGAUCUCUAUGGGGAUUUCAAAAUCACCACUUGUGGCAGAUGUGUGAGCGCUUGGUUCAUUAUGCUGACAUAUCUUUUCAUGUUGGCCUGGCUGGGAGUCACAGCUUUCACCUCACUGCCGGUUUACAUGUACUUCAAUCUGUGGACCAUCUGCCGGAACACCACAUUAGUGGAGGGAGCAAAUCUCUGCUUGGACCUUCGUCAGUUUGGAAUUGUGACAAUUGGAGAGGAAAAGAAAAUUUGUACUGUCUCUGAGAAUUUCUUGAGGAUGUGUGAAUCUACUGAGCUGAACAUGACCUUCCACUUGUUUAUUGUGGCGCUUGCUGGAGCUGGGGCAGCAGUCAUUGCUAUGGUUCAUUACCUUAUGGUUCUGUCUGCCAACUGGGCCUAUGUGAAAGACGCCUGCCGGAUGCAGAAGUAUGAAGACAUCAAGUCGAAGGAAGAGCAAGAGCUUCAUGACAUCCACUCCACUCGCUCCAAAGAGCGGCUCAAUGCAUACACAUAAAUGCAUCUUCCUGUUCUUUCUACCAUUUGAAUGCAUUGGUGUUUAACUAAGGGCCAUCCAACCAUCCAACCUUUAAAAAACAAAAUGAAAGUGCUUCUCAUCAAUGAUAUGUAAGGUGACUUAUGAAUCACCUGAGUACAAUUCUUUGUUGUUUAGCACUUAAUUUCCCAAUUUAUUAAAUUGAUGUAAAUCAGAUCUUUUCUACAAGCUCCUAUCCAGCCUUUUUUUUGAAAUUUCUCAAACUCAUUUACUAGUUCGGUAAAAUCAAAGAUACUAACAUUGUCAAAUGCAAAGAUUUGUUUGAUUUUUAACCACUUCCCAUGUGUUAUACAUAACACCUUUUGCAUUAUUUCUUAUGUUUUGAAAAGAAAAUAGCUUUUUAUACUUUUUAGUUUUGAUUUCGGUAACUAGUUUAACUACAGGUAACCUUCAAAGGGACCAUUGUACAUUAUGAACAAUAGAUAGAGAUGACAUCAUGAUGACUCUUGAAAUAUGGAAAUUUUGUCUGAAGAUCAGUGGCCAUAUUACUAUAGGCCCUGGUUCAUGUUUUCAUCAAUCUAAGGUGCAAUUUCUAAAUUUGUAAGAGUAGGUUUAAAAAAAAAAGUGCUUCUUAUCUUUGUUAACAUUGUACUUUUUCUUGAUGUUCUUAAAAGGUAUUUCCCUCAGAUUACUCAUGUUUAUGUUGUGAGCAUGUAGAAACAGUAAUGCUAAUGCAUGGCUAGUUGCCUUUUUAAGAUUGUGACACCAGGCUUACCUUUUAAAGUUUAGUAUAUAGAGACAAUUUUAAUGGAAAUAACUACUGUAGACUAUUGAAGAAUGAUCUCUUUGUGAUUUAAGAAGUGGCUGGAUUGGAACUUUUAAUAUGCUAAUGUGGAAAAUUAAUUACCUUUAUGAAGGUGGUUUAUUACAAAUAAGCACACUAACCCCUCGGAAGUUGUUUUACCUACUUUAAAAGUUUUAAUGGAUUGCACCUCUGUAAACUAUUCCUAAAAUGUGUAUGAUAUAUUUGAAAAGGCUUCCAUUAAUAUAAUAGCUUUGCUUGCAGCCUUCCAAUCUAUGUUGGUUUACCUGUAGUGUUUUCUAAAGUGUGGUCAGAGGCCCCUAUAGAAUGUAUUGUUUGAAAGUGUAGUGAUAUAUUUGUGUUUUUAUUUCAAGUAAGUCAUUUUAACCGAAUGUUCAUUCAUAUUCAUUUAUAAAAAGUACCUGUAUCAAAGGAAUUUUAAAAAAGAGCAAUCAGUAUUAUUGGACCAAAUUUGGUGUUUGUUUUAACCUUGACUCUCUUCUUUUAUUUCUAAUGCUACAAGAAUGCUGUAAAGUGUCUUCUAAAAUGAUGUAGCCUGACAAGACAUUUUUGUCAGUGUAUAAAACUAGGUAGUAUUGUGCACUGAUUUGACCAUUGUGAAAUCCUUUCUCAGUGUAACUGCAUUUCUAAUAAAACUUUAUUGAGUGAAACAAUCUUUGUACAAUGACUAGUCAUGCAUCAUCAGUAAUUUUACAAGUUCUUGUAGUAGGUAGGGGGUACUACUAGGGAUAUCUGUGGCAUGAUUAUGCAUUCCGUAGUAUUAUUUAAUUAAUUUGGGGUUCAUUUUGCUUCCUUUUCUUUAUGCUUAGAUUAUCUUACUGGUUCAACAUUUUUCUGAUAUAUGCAUUAUUACAGAUAUUCAGCAAAAGUAUUAAUGGGCUUCUUUAAAUUCUAUAUUAUAGUGUUUCAGUUCCAUGUCUUAACGGUUUGUGAUAAUUUCUAAAACUGUCUUUUCAACUUAUGUAAUGAUGUUGACACUUUUGGCUUUUAUUUCUGGUAUUAGAGUUUGUAUUUUCACAGAGUGCUUUGUAGCAGGCAUUACAAUUAAUCUGUUUUGUACAUAAAUGUGCCAACAGCUUGAUGGUGGCGUUUUUGAAAUGUAGAACAAAGUGCUUGCAAAAUGUAAUAAAUACACUUGUGUACUUUGUGUACUUAUUAUUA